AUGGCUGAAAUGGACCUGGAGCAUGUCUUAUUUGGACUCAGCACGUUUGUUAACGACUGUGAGGAGAAAAAACUGAAUGUGGACAACGUCUACAAGGAAAGUUACUUGAAACUGUUGGACCAAAUGGCACUAUUACUAAGAGAGGAAUCGACAAGAGAUCAUGAUCUUAUAAGGUCCAACUUACCCAAGUUUAUAGACUCUGCUGACUACUUAUUGGUAAAUCAAGAGCAACCUGGCUAUAAUGAGUUGUUACUUGAAGUCAUUAGAGUCCUGGCCAAUUCAAUCGCUGAUAAUGAUGUGAAUAGAAGACAAUUAUCUUCAAAGUCAGAUUUUAUUGAACAUUUAUCAAAUCAAUUGGAAUCGAAACCAGACGAUAGUUCACUGAAUGAAAGAAUCUUGAUUCUUUUAAAGAACUUAGUCAUUGAUACACCAGACGUUGCCAAGGAUGUGUCUUUCAUAACUCAAAGUCUAUUGAGCUAUAUUAGUCAAUCUGAUGGUGGCAUAUUCAUGGCCGUUGAUUUGCUGACGGAUUUGAUUGGAAAUAUGCAAUAUAACCCAAAUCCUCAAAACAUUGAAAAUUUGAUCAAAUUACUAGUGAAGACCUUGAAUCAACAAUCAGACCUAGAUGAGGAUGAAUUUGCAGAACUUGUCGUUAAUAUAUCAAGUGUCCUUGAAGGUAUAACAGUGGAUCCAAGAUUCAAGUUUGAUAAAGCAGAGACUGAAAAGACAUUACAAGUUGGUUUAUUUGACAGUUUAAAGAAAAUUGACUCACUUGAAUUUCAAAAUAUAUUGAUGGCAAAGAGAAGACUCUUUGCUUCAAUUGGUAACAUUUCUGCAAACCUCACAACAUCAAACAAACCAAUGAGAACGUACUCAAUUUCAAAUGUUCAAGAUCAAAAUCAACAAAAUGGUUAUAUAAUUUCAGGCUGUUUCACAAUUAUUGGAAAUUCAAUUGCAUCGCCCGAGGAUAGAAAUGAAGUUUUGGAUCAAGCUCCAGCUCUAGUGAAUGACAUUUUGUCAAAGUAUAACUACUUGACAGAUCCUGUUCAAUUUCAAGGUAUACUGCAUCUUUUGAAAGCAUUGACUAACUUUGAUACUGUGGGCACAUUAUUCACAGACAAAAACUUCAAAGUACUGGAAUUCCUCAUUGAGGCCACUGUUAGAAAUAGCAAAUACUAUACAAAUUUCAAUGUUUUGUUGACUGGUUUUCUCAAGAAACUAUUUGUUUUAGUCAACCAAAGACAUGUUGAAAAGAUAUUGAACAGUGGUGUACCGGAAAUUUUAACUUCAUCGGAUCCAAGUAAUGAAUCAAAUUUAAUCAUUUUGCUACUGUUGAACAAAGUUGCAAUUUAUAAGUCGGAUUCAAACAUUGAUAUUUUUUGCAACAGAAUUUUCAAAUUCUCCAAUGAUAUACAAGCUGCUUAUCUAUUUGAACUAACAAAGACCAUUGGUGUACUUUUACAACAUAGAUCCAGUUAUGUCUUAGAGAAUUAUUCAUCAAGUUUAAUCACUUUAUUGACAACCAUUGAUUCAAUAGAUGCUAGCUCGAACGAUAACGCCGCAAAGGCUGUUCUAAAUAACGGAAGAUACAUAUCAGGAACAUUACUCAAUUUAUCCAAAGAGAACGAUAUUGAUCCAGAGUUGAAGGCCUUAAGUGAAAAAUUGUUGAGAAAGUAA